AUGUCCUUCGGGAUCUCGGAGUUGAUCAAGGAGGGCGUGGCCGGGUGGUUCAAGCUGUUGAACGAGGAAGAAGGCGAGUUCUACAACAUCCCAAUCCCACCAGAGGACGAGGAAGAAUUCGAGAAGAUGCGCAAAAAGAUGGAGGACUGUAAUUCAAAUCGAGAAAAGACGCCGCCAAAGCCGAGGGACAUGACCAAGUCUCCAACGUUGAAGAGCGACGUCAUCAAGGCGGCCGAUUUCAACUUUAUCACCGUGCUGGGCAAGGGAUCUUUUGGAAAGGAUCGCCUCUAUUUCGUGAUGGAGUUUGUCAACGGCGGUGAUCUGAUGUAUCAAAUUCAACAGGUCGGCAAGUUCAAGGAGCCGGUCGCAUGUUUCUACGCCGCCGAAAUUGCCGUCGGCCUCUUCUUCCUCCACUCCAAGGGGAUCAUUUACCGAGAUUUGAAGCUCGACAACGUCAUGUUGGAACGGGAUGGACAUAUUAAGAUCACCGACUUUGGCAUGUGCAAAGAGGGGAUCACUGGCGAUGCAACCACGAAAACCUUCUGCGGUACUCCCGAUUACAUUGCGCCUGAGAUCAUCCUCUACCAACCAUACGGUAAAUCCGUUGAUUGGUGGGCGUAUGGAGUCCUGCUCUUCGAGAUGCUGGCCGGACAACCGCCUUUUGACGGCGAGGACGAAGAUGAACUAUUCACAGCAAUCACUGAGCACAACGUCUCGUAUCCGAAGGCUCUUUCCAAGGAGUCGGUCUCGAUUUGCAAGGGAUUCCUGCAGAAGAACCCGGUGAAGCGGCUGGGCUGUGGUUCGAACGGGAAUAGGGAUAUUCAAGAACACGCCUUCUUCCGGCGGAUAGACUGGUUCAAGAUCGAGGCCCGUCAAGUCCAACCGCCCUUCAAGCCCAAAGUGAAAGCACCCGAUGACGUCUCUAACUUCGACCCGGAAUUCACACACGAGGUGCCCCGGCUGACCCCAAUCGAUCGACUCUUCCUGAUGAACCUCGACCAGACCGAAUUCGAGGGCUUCUCCUUCGUCAACCCCGAAUAUGCAAUCUCGGCCCUAAUCAGCAGCGACUGGAUUCUCAUCGAUGACGAGACCAACUCCACCCUAAUCGAGCCUCUCUCUGAGUUUCCGGGAGCCCAGAAAUGCGAACGCUUGGGUACCCGUGACUUCUGGAGCAUCUCCUCAUUCGGGGGAUUCGUCGAGAAGAACGGGAAGAAGCACACUGCGUUCAGAACCGAGGAUCGGGUGUUGUGGGAUUGCGUGACGCCGCUGGUUGCUGAUCUUUUCUACCUCCUAAUCGCCCUCUGCUUCGUGGUUGCUCUAACAGCCCUCUGCGCCGCACUCCUUCACGUUCUCGCCCCGCCACACAGCUUCCUGGCAUGGCUACGCAGGAAUACGGUGGUCGAGAUGUGCAAUAUGCUUCUCUGCCUCACCGCCUGCGCCGUAUCCAUCGUGGCCGAGGCGACAAUUGCCAACCUGCGCCCAGAAGCCUCGGUCAGCGUCGGCUCCGGGCUGUUCCUGUUGACGCUCUCAGGGUUGCAGUCGUUCCUGUCGGCUGUUGUCAGUCUGAGACACACGUCCAAGAUUCAAAAAGCGCGCCGCAUCGACAACCAGCGUCUGCUUUGCGCGAGGUCCCUUCGAUCGUGGAGGGAUAUGGGUAGAAGAUCUGAGGACACCAGGCCGAUCGUCGAUUUUGAGAGAUACCUCGACUCGGCUAGCGCCGCCAGCGUCGAGGAGCUGUCCGUGAUGCCAAAGUUGGAGGAAACUAUU